AUGGGGGCUUUGAAAGCCUUUGCUGCUUUCCCAAGGAGCUUGGCGGCCCUGGUGUCUUCUUGCCAACAAAAAAAAAAAAAAAAAAAAAGCUGGAUUUUUAAUGGGAAAAACGGAGGAAAAAAAGGCAAAGCCCCUCAGGACUGCUCACUUCUGCAGCUCCACAAAAUGCCACGCCAUCCCUUCGCUCCUUGCAUCCUGCCCGUCCUGGGGUUUGGCAGCAGUGUUGGAGGAGGCGGGACGCAGCAUACAAAUUCGGGAAGAAACAUGCCAGGCUGGCUUCUUGCCCACAGCCCCAGAGGCAGCGUGGGAAGGUGAAGGCAGCAGCUCAGAGCAGCCGCUGGCCCAGAGGAUCAGUGGGUGCUCCGGCAUUGGCCACAGCAGAGCAACAGGAUGACUCUAUGGGAUGGCUCCUUCCCCUUCUACCCUGGCACCAACGCUUUCUUCCCCUUCGACACCACCUGGGCCAUCAUUGCCUCCGUCUUCCUCUCCGCACUGGUCACUUCCAUCAUCAUCCUGCCAGGCAUCCGGGGCAAAGGGCGGCUCUUCUGGCUCCUGCGGGUGGUGACAAGCCUCUUCAUUGGAGCAGUGGUCCUCACCAUACAGUUCACCAGGGACUGGGAGAGCGGCUGGGUGACAGUCAACACCUCCUACAAAUCCUUCAGCUGUGCCGUGGUGAAUGCGGAUAUUGGGCUGCACAUCGGCCUGGCAGGAGUGAACAUCACACUGGUGGGAAACCCAGUGAAUCAGGUCAACGAGACCAUCAACUACAACGAGCACUUUGCCUGGAGCUUCGAUGCAGACUACGACCACAGCUACAGCGAAGGCCUGGAGAAGGGGCUGCCCAGCCCCAUCCUCUACGUGGCGGAGAAGUUCACCACACACAGCCCCUGCAACGUGCACAGGCAGUACCACAUCUCCAGCCGCUACGCAUCCAUUACGCUGUGGAUGGCCUUAUGCACCUGGCUCAUUUCUACCCUGCUCUUCUCCAUGACCGUCCUCCUUUAUGGCAGCUACAUGCUCCUGCUCACUGCCGUGCUGAUGCUUUUCUCACUGCUCUUCUUCGUCACGGUGAGGAACAUCCCAAAGUGUCCCAUCCAGUUUGGGCCAGCCUCCCUGAAAACAGAUUACGGCAGAUCUUUUUGGCUGACAUUAACAACAGGGCUGUUCUGCCUGCUGCUGGGGCUGGGUGUGAUUGUUCUCAACUCUGUGCGCCCGCAGAAACUGAAGCUUGUUUUCAACCUGGACGAGGGAAAGAGAGAAGUAGAUGGGUGGGACAAGUCCCACCUGCCAGCCGAGUCCAGCUCCUCUGAGCAGGACAUACUGAUGGUGUCCUUGGGUGAGCUCUGUGAGGUGACAGCCACCAACCUGUGAGGCAAAAGCAACAUGGUCUUGGAGAUCUCCUUGAUGUGGAAGCUAAACCAAAAGAAACUGGAGAGAAAUCAAAUAUAUAUAAUAAACACAUAAGUAUGAACCAAAGGAGAAGCAACCCCUACACCCUCAGUAGCACACUUACCCCAAAAGGUCUGCCAGAAGCCCACUCUGCCCAACAAUGCUCUUCCCAACAACAGGUAGAGAAAAAAGCAGAGCUGUGGGCACUAAAGUAUCCUGUAUUCAGCACCUGCUCUUGGUCUGGAGUGAAGGAUGGAUUGGCAAGGAAUCCCACGUAUUAGCGGGAUGUUGGUUGUACCAAACCUUGGAGAUCUCUUCAAUGUUGGAAGUACCAAACCUUGGAGGCACCAAGUCUUGCAGAAUUCUUGCAUGUCAGAGAUACCAAACCCUAGAGACCUCCCAGAUAUCAGAGAUACUAAACCUUGGAGGCUCCCGGGAUGUCAAGGAUACAUACCAGAUGUCAAAGGCAAAAACAUCAGUUGAAGAUCACAAAAUGUGACUUACCAAGACUCUUGUGGCCUUCUGAAAGGAAGAUAAAAUGUUUUGGUGGGUGGGAAGGAGAGGAGGAAGAGGGGAUGGAAGUGCAUGCCCCGGUUCCCCCAUCACUGUCUGUAAACAGUUUGCAGGAGGACAGUACCUAGAAGUACCUGGUUUCAUGCUGCUUAGCUGCCCACUUGUUACGGAGCAUGCAAAUAUGUAAUCCUACAGACCCACAGUGGAUGCAGCCAACUCCUCCUGGCUGCUGGUGGCUAGC